AUGCCAACAGUAGUCAACGCGAUUCUUUAUCACUGGAUCGCGCGAUUCGGCAUCCCCCUGAGAAUUACAUCUGACCAGGGCGGUCAAUUCUUCUCAGACACCUUCAAGGAGCUUACGCGAAUUCUGGGCACCAAGAGGUUGAUGACGAUGCCAUUUCAUCCUCAAUCAAACGGCAUGAUUGAGAGAAUACAUCGCCAACUGAAAGCAGCACUGCGAUGUCAUGUCGAAGCUUGGUACGACGCACUUCCCCUGGUACUUCUAGGGUUGAGAUCCGCGUGGAAAGAGGACCUUCAAACGACUCCCGCCGAGCUAACAUACGGGGAACCGAUCCGUCUACCCGGAGAAUUCCUCAUCCCAUCGAACCAACAAGCAGCAGCACCAGAAUUGGUGAGAAAUUUACGCGAGCAUUUCCGCAGUAUCUCACCGACUCCCGCUGCACGUCACGGUACACGUUCAACUUUCAUCUUCAACGAUCUAGCGACGUGUACACAUGUUUUUGUCCGCGAUGACCACGUGCGAGUGGCAUACCGAUCACCAUACAUCGGCCCAUGCCGCGUAAUCAGUCGUUAUGACAAAUACUUCGUCAUUUGGUACAUGUCCGGAGAAUUGGGUAACUACAAGAGUACACCGAUCUCCAUCGACCGACUGAAAUCAGCGUACGUACUGCCGAAGGACAUGGACCAGGUCCAAGGACAGCCUCCACCGCCAGACGUACCAGAAGAACCUCAACAACAACAGAAUCAGCCGCAGCCGAGCACGAGCAUGGCGAACAGGACUCAGAGGCCGAGGAGACGCGUAAACUUCGCGAACAGACCGACAAUCCACGUAUAUACUGUCUAA